CACGUGCUGCGAAAGUUGCAUCUUACGCGACAGCUGGUGGUGUCUGUUGCGUGGCUGCAUCGUCACGGCGUCGCUCACAAUGACUUGAAGCUUGAGAAUGUCUUUCUCAGUGAAGAAGGGAAGGCUGUUAUUGGCGACUUUGGUUUCGCAGCGGAAGUUGGAACCUCAACAAAACUCCGGUCAACCCCUGCCUUUCUAGACCCGCAAACCGCGGAAGAAUAUCUUCAACGGAAAACGGAAACGGUCGUGACUGAGGAAAGAGAUGCAUGGGCUCUGGGAACUAUCAUAUUUGUGAUUUGGUGCGGAUCUUACCCGUUCUUUUCAUUUGAAGAGGCUGUCCUUCCUCCUGCAGUGUUGUGGCAAAAUGUGGUGUUUAUGUCAAAGACCACUAGACCUGCACCUCCACUUCAGCAUUGUAAGGGGAUGCCAUCUCCAGUGAAAGCCCUCAUAACCGGCUUUCUCCAGUGGAACUCUGACGAUCGACGCCGCCCUCGUGAUGUCGUUGAAGGAUUCCUCGCCGCUACAGCCUCGGAACCAGCGACCUCUUCGGCGACUGCGGCAGAAGGAAGCGUCAGGCCGCGCGCAUCCAGAUCUCAGUGA